CUAUAACAUAACGGUAUGUUCUGUACUACUGUUCAUGUAAAACUGCAAAAUCUCUGGGACGUGCGUCCCAAUGCGAAUUAGUCUUUAGGACCAAGAGAGAAAGUGAGCGCACUGCUAUAAAGACGGCAGAUAACGUUCAAGUCACGUACAUUCGUGUACGGAGAUCCGACACCCACGAAACGUCCAAGAAAUGCAGUAGGUGUGCAUAGGUUCAGCCGUAGCCUAAACAAAACGAGUGUCAAAAUGCAACAUCCUCUACACCGUUUCCGCGCGAAAGGCGGAUCGUUGUUAUCUGGAUGAUUUUUCAACCCUUUCUUUGGUAAAUUACUUUUUGAAGAUACGGACAGCAAACCGGACACUGGACUUUCUAAGACCUCUAGAAUUCGCAUUGGGAGGGAUAUAAGACACAAAAAUUGCGUGCAGCAGGGCAUAUGUUUGAACGUCAUAUCUACUGGGUUUCAUAGACUGCGUUCAGCUCCGAAGGAAGGAAAGAGGCAAUGGUUCCACCUCAUGCCUCCUCAGCAUCACUCCUGAGGCAAACCAGCAACAGGAGUAUCAUCAUUCACUAGGCCAGGAUGGAAGCUGGGCUCAGGGCAGGACUGUGGGCAGGAGAGGAGAAAGACCCUCCUGGUCAGCGGAAGCCAUCGCCAAUGGGAGACCCAGGCCCUGAGCAUUACCAGCGCAACGGCCUCAUCAACACUCACGGCAUAGUGGUGGAGACCAAGGACGGCUUGGUACCUGUGUAUUCUGCCCCACACUAUCAGAGCCACAUGGCAGUCAAUCUCUCCCCCCAACAGGCGAGCCAGGAUGGCAGUGGGUCUUGUGUUGGGGGGCACCACCCCCAGCUGCUCAACCCCAGUGCCCUGCCACAGGCGAUGGACUCCUUCUUCAGGCCUAACCUCAUCAUGUACCCGGAAGGUCCGCUGAGAGCAUGGGGGGAGUGCAGCGACUGCUGUGAGACCACCUUCAUCGAGGACAUGGCUCCAGCCUCAUCUGCUGCUGCCGUCACUAAAGAUGGGAUCAUGGUCGCUGACAGCAAGUUCCUGGACUUGUCUGUGGAGGAUGCCAAGAUUCACACUCUCUCCUAUGAUGUGGAUGAAGAUGAUGAAUUUCAAGAAUUGGAGAGUGAGUACUCGAGCGACUCAGAGAGCGAGGACAACUUCCUCACGAUGCCCCCGCGCGACCACCUGGGCCUGAGCGUCUUUUCCAUGUUGUGCUGCUUCUGGCCCCUUGGCAUUGCAGCCUUCUACCUGUCACAUGAGACGACUAAAGCAGUGAAGAAAGGGGACUUUCACCAGGCCAGCUCCAGUUCCAGACGAGCUCUCUUCCUGGCUGUGCUGUCCAUCACCAUUGGGACUGGCAUUUAUGUGGGCGUGGCCGUGGCCCUUAUCGCAUACCUCUCCAAGAAAAACCACUGGUAGCCUCGCCCCACCUCCAAUCUCUUGGAAGACUGGCCAUCAAUGUGGAUUUACUCUGAGAGCCACUGGAACUGAUUAACAAUUGACACACUUGACUCCAGCACUUUUAUGAAUCACAUGAAAUCACUGAAUGGAUGCUCAUUUGUUAAACAUAGUGAUUGUUUUGCAGUGUGAAAUUAUGACUUGUUUUUUGGUACUUACUGUUCAUACAGUAGAGAGACUGCACCGAGAGACUAUAGAAACCGACACUUUAACAUGUAUUAAUGAGUUGAGGACAUCAGUUUAGCUGGUCUUGAGCAGUCCCAAACACUGUACAGUAAUCAUUGUGCUAAUUUAACCCUUUGAACCUUUGGUGUUUUUCUUUUCUUUUGGCCGGUGAUGCCGGGGUUUGAGAAACACAGUCUAUUUGAGAUGCCACAGUGCUUUGAAGUCUUUUUAACAAGAGCUACAAUAAUAUCUUGUGGAUUCUAUACCACAAGAAGGGGCUUUUUCAAGACACUUUUAAAAAAAAUUCAAAGAUAAAAUGGACACAAAGCCAUAAGUGGUCUGUAAGACACUGGAUGUCAACUCUUCUGGUCUUGCAGUAGCCUUUUGAUCUGAGCGGGCAUGUAGAUAUUUGUAAACCAUUCAGUGCUGAUGAAUCUUCAGUCCUCUGAUACCAGGCCCCAUGCUUUCAGCUUCAACAUGAUAAAUGAUGAUUCAGUAGCUGCUUCCACUCUAAGGGUUACAUUGUAAAUGAGCUCCACCAUUUUAGAGAUUCCAGCCAUCACUUUCCAAUUAAAUGUAAUCGUUUCAUUCAAAUCUAGUUGUGAUCUAUGUGACCUUUC